GAUGGCUGUUCCCUAAUGUGAGCGUCUGCCCUGCUGUCUGCUUGCAGUCGUGGGCAAGCUUUCCUUGGGAAAGGAGUUGUACACUUUCAGUGGUGUCUUUGUUGUUUUGCCCCGUUUCAUUUUAAAAUUUUGAUUCCGUGGGUUCAAAGGAAUCGUCUAAGCGGUACAUGAAGUUCAAGUUUUGGCUAAGCAGACGAAGAAAGAAGAGAUAUGUGCGCAGCAAGUAGUUCAUCUUGUGCUGUUUGCGAGGAAGCUGCCGCCAAAUACAAGUGUCCUCAGUGUCGGGCUCCAUAGAGCCACAAGGAAAAAGGAUGCCAGCAAUCAUGUCAGGCAAAACCAGAAAAUGAAGCACCAGAGGGAUCAGUGCCCCAGAAUGUCACUUACUCACAUGUGACUGAGCACACAGUUCCUCCUGAGAGGCUUGUACUCCUUGAGCAUUCUGAGGCACUGAAAGGUGUGUUGAAGAAUUCACAUCUAAGGGAGGUCCUACAUACCAUACAUCAAUCCCAGGAUCCAUGGAAUGCUCUGAAAAAUGCAAUGCAAGAACCCCUAUUUGUGGAGUUUGCAGAUGCUUGUCUUAAAGUGGUGGACCCACAAGAAGAGGCUGAACAACUUCAAGACUCUGAUUCUGAUCUCAUGGAGCAUAAUUAGCCAUUUUCCCAUGUGA